AUGGCUUCGAAUUCAAACGCUACCACUACGAUCAUCCUCGCCGCACCCACUGUGCCGGCGACGCCAAAUCCUCUCUCAGCCGCGCAUCACUUCGUAUCCAUGAAGCUUACCACGCGCAAUUACCUAUUCUGGAGGACACAACUCCUUCCCUUUCUCCGUGGCCAAGGUCUACUGGGUUACAUUGAUGGUAGUUUCCCGUGCCCUCCGGAGACCAUCUCCGUCACGUUAGCUUCUGAUGGUGCUGCGGCAACAACCUCCACAAUGACGCCUAAUCCCGCGCACACCGCCUGGGUCCAGCAGGACCGAUCUAUUUUGUCCUUGGUAAUCUCGUCCUUCUCGGAUGAGGUUAUGCACCAUGCUCUCGGCAGGCACACCGCCAAGGAAGUCUGGGAUUCCGUCACCACGACACUGGCGUCAACCACUCGUGCACGUUCCCUCAGUCUUCUCGGCCAGUUCCAGAAUCUGCGUCAGGGAAGCAGCUCUCCGGCAGAUUAUUUGGGCAAGGCGCAGACCAUUGUUGAAGCCCUAGCUCUCGCAGGUCGCCCCCUCUCGCCGGACGAACAAUUGCUAUAUGUGUUGCGCGGUCUCCGGCCUGAGUUCCGGGCAAUGGCGAGUUUGAUCACCGUCUCCGGCAACCCCAUCACGCUGUCGCAACUUGCUGAUCAUCUGCAAGCCCAGGAAUUUAUACACGCAGAGGACUUUACAGUGGACUCCGGCACUGGUGGCUCCCCGUCAGCCUUCUUCGCUGGUCGCGGCAGUGGCACUGGUGAGCAGGCGCGGCAGAAUGGUGGUAGACGGCAGAUUGGUGGAGGGCGUGGACGGCAAGGCCGUGGAAGGGGCAACAACGGCCGUGGCCGCGGUGGCACACCCCGCUGCCAGAUAUGUAGAUCACACGGCCAUACGGCCGUGUACUGGUUCAAAAGAUAUGCUGAUCGUCCGCAAUCUCACGGUGGACAGGCUCACGUUGCUACGUCUAAUGAACCUCAGACUCCGGAUGCAUGGUACCCGGACACGGCCGCAUCUUCUCAUGCGACCCCGGAUGAUCAGAUGAUGCAGCAUUCCGAAGCAUACAGUGGUGGUGACGUGCUCAAAGUGGGCAAUGGCGCAGGUUUGGAUGUUUCUCGUGUGGGUCAUGCGGUUAUCCCAUCCCGGUAA